AUGAACAAUACAGAGAUUUAUCACACAGAACUCUUGGAAAAUGUAGUAUCAAAAGAUGACUCAGAUUCAAACGAUGUCUGUUUUAUACGUUUACUUGAAAACCUAAAGGAUGGUUGUACUCUACAUAGUUUUCCAGUAACUAGUUCCAUAGAUCGUUUUGAUAAUAGUAUUAACGAGGAGGAGGAAGAAGAGAAUGGACUAUGUGAAUUAGAUGAAUAUUCAGGAAAUCUAAAUGGAUCAAAAAAAUGGGAAAAUACAGACUUUACAACCUACGGUCUGAAAAAAGACCAAAGGAAGACAGCCUAUUUCAACAGAAGGCAUGAACCAGAAUAUCAUUAUUUAAAAUAUUUUUCUAGGAAUAAAAAGCUGAGAACAGAAUCUUUAGAGAUAAUUUGCGAUAAAAUUUAUGGACUAGAGCUCCAUAAUAGUAAUGAAAAUAUAGAACGUAGUAUUCUUGAUGAAGCUUUAAGCAAUAAAUCACUGGGCAGUAAAGACAGAUAUUGCGAAGAGUUUCAAAACAAUAAAAUCUGUAAAAAUACAUGGUUUUCUUCUUUAGUUUCAGAUUUAAUAGAGGAUAGUGGCAAUAAUGCAAGUAUAAAUUCUGUGUCUUCUGAAAAACCUAUAAAAGUUUCUGAACCGGAUGAGACUUUUCAGCCUUUACCAACUCCAAACAGUGAUCAAUUUUAUCUUGAAAUAGAAGGUGCUGUAUCAAAUUUUGAGGGCCCUGAAAGUAGUAUAAAGGAAGACGAUGGUAUCAUGGUGGAGCCUCCCUUACCAGGACCGGAAGAUGAUUUGCAUAUACCCAAGGGGUCUUGCAAUUCUAAAGAAUUAGUAUCGCAUAGUAAAGAAAUGAUUAUUCAUAUGGCUUCCAGUGCUAUGAAAGGUGACCAAACAGAUAUUAAAAAACAUUCAGAUUUAAAUGUACCGGGGUCAGCAAACAAUGAAAAUAACCAAGUAUUAUCUGGAACUCUAAUUCCUAAUCUUGAAACAGCGAAUAAAAACAUAAAAUCAGAUGUGAGAAACGCAUCGUCAUUCCACAUAUCUAGUGAUCAUCUGAAUUUGGCAGUAGGCACAACUGACGGAAUGAUCCACCUUUGGUCAUUUUUGGCUAGAGAAUACACUUUCGAAGGUUUAAGAAUAAAUGAUACCUGGUGUGCUGAUCCUUUAAUAUGGAGAUCAUUGGGAUCUAAACCAAAACUAUCAGUAAAGGCUCAUCUUACCGACAUUAUUUCUAUAUAUGUAAACCCGGUUUGUGAGGAUGGCUCUGAGGUAUCAUGCAUAAUUGCAAGUUCAGGGUACGAUUAUCAUGUUAAAAUUUGGAGUUUUUAUAAAUGCCAAUCACGUUUGGAUCUUAUUUCAGACUUCAUUCUUGAACAGAUUCCAAUUAAUGUAUCUCUACUUCCUCGUUCUUAUAAAAUAAUAGUUGCUACACAAAUGGGUAUCGUUGAGUUAUGGAAGUUAGAAGUUCCUGGGAACAUGAAUGAAACAUCCUCCAAAAGGAUAAAGCACACCAUAAAAGUAGAAAAUAGUGUAGAUACUGGAAAAGAGAUUACGAAUGCAUCUAUAUCAGAACGUGGCAAAUAUUAUGCAAUCGGCACUUCAAAUGGGUUAGUAAUUCUAUACGAUACAAAUUUAGCGCUUAUUGGCACGUAUUUAUGUAAAAAUAGACGGGGAUAUUAUGCAAAUGGUAGACCCGUGACUGGGCUAUGCUGGAACAGUGGAGAAACAAUAAUACUUGUGACUACAUCUGACUCUAGGAUUCGCUUGCUUUCCACAAGAUCCGAUGAAAAUGGAAAGCUACCUUAUCUUGAAAAGCUAAAAGGGCAUAGAAAUGUUACUUGUAAAAUCGGCGCAAAAUUUUUUGGCAGAGAAGACGAAUAUAUUUUGUGUCCUUCCGAGUCGGGGCAUAUAUAUAUUUGGACAAACAACCAAUGUGGCAGUUUUAGAAGUAGUAUUUCCAACAAACUAUCCACAACUCGAUAUAGCGAAAGAAUCCGAUUGCCUUCUGGGACAUUACUAUCAUCUAUUGGACUAUAUAACGUAGAACAGUGGGCACACAUUAUGCCAACAAUUCUGAAACAAGAAUACAAAUUUAAAGGGGAUAAAACUCAACCAAAUGGAUGUUUGUGGUCGUGUAAGAAGAUGCAUAACAAAGGCAUGGACGCAAAAAAUUCUGAUCCUAGAGAUGAUGUAUUGCUGAUAACAGUUGAAAAUGGACAAGAAUUAAAAUAUUCAAUUUUGAGUCUACAGUGUUUCGAAUUUGAAGUAUAA